CGAACCGAACCGAACCGCGCCGCUUCUCGUCGAUGGCGGCUCCCGGUCCCACGCGUGUCCCGUUCCAAGCACGGAGCAGCCGCUGAGCGCUGCGCACCGGCCCGGCCUGCAGGAGAAAUGUUUGGAGUUUGCAAGGAGCUGAGAUGAGAAAAAGGGGAUGGGAGGUGACUGCGAGUCAGCGCCGCUCUCUGAAGGCUGGCGGUGAUGGGGGUUUAAUGGCUGCACCCAUCAGCUCCCAUCAGGUCCAACCUGCUCUGGAUGGACAGAUCCCAGCGCUGUCAGUUUGUAGAGACAUGUUCAACGGAAGCCGGACAUACAGCCCCUUGCCUUCCUCGCUGGCCUCACGGGCAUCCUCCUCCUCCUCUUCCUCUUCCUCGCUGCCGGUGGCUCCGCGGAGACCCCCCCGGGCCCUGCCACGCCACAGCUCUCUGCUCUCCCAGUACAGCAGCCUGCUGGAGAGCUACACGGAAGGGGAGAUCCGGCAGCUCAUCUCGGCGCUGGUGGAACGCUACAGCCAGGCCAUGAACUCGGGUGGCCACGAGCUGCCCCUCUUCCCCAAAACGGGCAACCGCAUGAAGCGGGCACGCGCCCGCCACAAACCCUGCGCCCUGAAGGAGCUGGAGGUGAGCGUCAGCGAGUUGGGCCUGGGCUACGAGUCAGAUGAGACCGUGUUGUUCCGCUACUGCAGCGGCACCUGCGACGCAGCCGUCAGGAACUACGACCUCUCUCUGAAGAGCGUGCGCAGCCGGAAGAAGAUCAGGAAGGAGAAGGUGCGCGCGCGGCCCUGCUGCAGGCCGCUCUCCUAUGAUGAUGAUGUCUCCUUCUUGGAUGCCUACAACCGUUACUACACCGUCAACGAGCUGUCGGCCAAAGAGUGCGGCUGUGUGUGAAGGGCCGGGUUGGGGGGUGGCCCAAUGGGGGCGAAGGCUACGCUGGGGAUGGGGAUGGACCCCGCGCCGCUGCCCGCCCCGUGGACUUCCCGUGUCCAGUUGGAGGAGGAGAGACGACCUGUGGACCCACCGUGUCCAUUGGGAAGAGGAAAGAUGCCCCAUGGACCUUCCGUGUCCAUUGGGAGGAGGAUAAAUGCCCCACAGACCCCCCAUGUCCACUGGGACCCUCCAUGUCUGUGGGGGAGGAAGAGAGAUGCCCCACAGACCAUCCAUAUCCAUUGGAAGGAGGAGAGAUUCCGCAUGGACCCUCCAUGUCCGGUGGGAGGAGGAGCGAUUCUCCAUGGACCCCGCAUGCCCACUGGGACCCUCUUUGUCCAUGGAGGAGAAGAUGAGAUGCCCCGUGGACCCUCCAUGUCCGUGGGGGAGAAGGAGAGAUGCCCCAUGGACCCCCACAUAUCCAGUGGGAGGAAGAGAGACUGCGACGCUCGCGUGGCCCCGAGCGCUGCUCCCUGCCCACAUGUGUGCACUGUGACCGUGGGGCUGCACAGGAAGGUGUGAGUGUGAGUGUUGUCCCACAGAGUGGGUUCCCAUCAACCGACCCUCUGGAUGGCUGUGCGACACAGGCGCUGGGCUCAGGGUGUGACACACACACUCAGGGUGUGCUGCACGUGGCGUGUCGUGCACAGAUGUUGUCCGUGUCGUUGUGCACUGGGCUGAGCACCGGGUGUUGUCACACGGAUGUGUCACCUGAUGAGGGGUUGUGAGCUACACGUAGAGGUGACAGGGAUGUGUGUGCAGGGUCUAACGUGUGCAGUGUAUCCGUAGGGUGCCUGGUGUUGUGGGCAUAGGGGGUGUUGGAUGGCUAUAGGUGCCCCAAGUGGAGCUGACAUCCCCUGUUUUCACUGUGUCCGUGCUGGGGUCCCCGUGCUGUGCCCCAAAGCCCCACGUUGGGUGCAGAGCUGCAUGCACGCCGUGGAAAAGCUCCAUCUCCGUUCCCCACACCCCAUCCCCUUGCUCCCUGCAGCUGCUGCUUUGUAGGAUAAUCUGCAGUAACUGGAUUAAGCCCAUGGCCCCUCCGCCUGCAGCCGGGCUGGAGACGUGCCACUGCCAUGGAGGUGACACAGAGCCACGCGGCCACCAGCACGGCUGGGCUGCAGCAGGUGAGGAUCCCCCAGAGCCGGCCCAGCUCUGUCCUAAGGGUGUGUGGGAUUCCCAAUGGGGCAGCACAGCUCGGAGCGCAUGCAGGACAGGACUCAGGCCUGGGCUUUGGCUCCGCUUCGCAUUUACAGCAGUGUCACUCUUGUUUACUCUGCGGAGAAAUAAAUGAGACCGCAGACUUUUGCAUUCUCCGGGCAGGCUAAAUUUGUUGCCUGGGAUUGAUGGGUUUUCUCCCCUUGGCCCUCUUCCCAGAAAAAGCAAAUCAUAAACAGAAGGAGAAUAUUGGUGUCGUGUCCUGGGCAUGGAGGGAGAACGCUCUGAUGGCAGCGCUCCGCUGGGGGACCUCUGUGCCAUAUUGGGACCAUGGCCACUGGGGACAUGGGCAGGAUUUUGGGGUGGUGGUGACAAAGGUGAUGCCCAAAAGAAGCAGAAGCAGCUGCAGGACGAUCUGUGCUUGUGACCCACGCUGUGCCCACAGCUUGCUUCCACCCUCAAAUAAAGCAACACAACGCACCCAAAUCUAAUAAUAAUAACUGCGCUCUGAAGGGCUUGGGCGCGUUCCAGUUCUCACUACUAUAAAACUAAAAUUAGUUGUGUUGCAGAAGCCUCCAGUUAAACAAGCGAAAAACAACAACAAAAACAACAAACAAGCAACCAAAACCCAAGCACAGGAAGGUGCUCAGAGCAGUGCAGCAGGGUUAGCACCAAGCUCCCUGUGUCACCGCGAGCGCGGAGGUGAUGCUGAGGUUUUGCAGCUGUUGUGUUGCUCCUGGUGCCGGGUUUUGGAGACGUGUUGGAGAUACCCAUUGGUUUCGGGGCUUGCAGGGCUGAGGUCAGAAGCAGCUUUGCACCCUCGUGCUGCUGAACCCACCCUGCUGCACUUUGCAACCCCCAAAGCACCCCAAAGCACUGGGAAACCCCCAACGCGAGGCGUGUUGCAAAGCAACGCGGAUAGCUGCAACGCCUCUUCCUUUUUUUCCCCCCCUUUUCCUUUUUCACCCCACGCAGAGGUGCGGGGGAAGUGGCUGACGUUGGCGGCGUGUGAUGGUUCGAGGAGUGCAUCUGGGCUGCAGCUGCACUGUGCAGCCACACAACACCCGGGGGACGAGCAGGGCCGACGCGGCCAUCACCCAACCGUGGCUUUUGCUUGCGUGUCGCUUCCGUGCGUGUCACUCAGGGUUGUCCUCUUGGGGACACGUGCGUCCUCCUGUUCCGGCAGCAUCGCCCUGUCCCGCACUGUCUGCACAAGGAAAUGUGGUUCCAAUAGAAUCGCCGCUCUUUCCCUUAAUGCUUUCCAUUUCUACAGCCCUCUCCGCUGUAAUAGGAGCUGGAGCUGUCUGGAAGAAUGUCUACAAUGCAGAAAAGGCAAAAGGAUGGAAAAUUCCCCGCUCAAAGCCACGGCGCAAUCUCAUCUGGCUCUCUUCCUCAUCACCCCAUGCGUUACUGAUUGCUAAUAACGGUGUGCAACAUCUGCCGGGUGGUGUUUUGGGGGAUUUUGGGGGGCAUCUUCCACCCUGCAGCUUGCCCAUCACCCAAGGCAGGAGACGAGGGCUGGGAACGACGGCGAGAUGUUUAGAACGAUUCCAGUGGUUGUGACAGCGCAAAAUAUGAGUGUUAUGUUAUCCCGACUCUCUGAUAAUGAGUUAUGGGACGUUUCAUUGUGUUUUACUAUACACAUCCCCAUAUGGCCCUGCAGUGUUUGGGUAACUCUGGCUCUGGCUCUGGUUCGGCUCCGCCUGUCACUUGCAUCAGUCGGGAUCCCAUUCGCCAACAUGGGUGCACUCCCGAUUUGGUAUCGGUGAGGGGGAACGGGCCUAACAUCAUUGUUUCCACUCGGUGAAAGCACUGGCAAACGUUGCGUCCUUUAUUUAAACAGGUCCAGAAUUGUGCUGGGAAGAAAUCAUUUCUCCCAGUUUAUCGAGACAAAUGGUUUUACGGCGGUAUUCGAGACCUCAGCCACCGUCUCUUCGUAAAUAGGGCUACCCACGUGGUUUUGUUCUUGGUUAAACAAGGCAGAACCUCCGAGGUGAGACCCGAGAGGAAGAAAAGAAGGGAAAAAAAGGGGAAAAAAAAGGAGAGAUUUGGCAGCCAUGGGCAGGAGAAGGGUGAGCGCGGGAGGAGGCAGCCCCAUCCCCACAUCCCCAUGUCCCCAACAUCCCCACAUCCCCAUGUCCUCAACAUCCCCACAUCCCCAUGUCCUCAACAUCCCCACAUCCCCAUGUCCCCAACAUCCCCACAUCCCCAUGUCCCCAACAUCCCCACAUCCCCAUAUCCUCAACAUCCCCUCAUCCCCAUGUCCUCAGCAUCCCCACAUCCCCAUAUCCUCAACAUCCCC